CUCAUGUUCGCUUAACUGAUAAUUAGCUAAAUAAGCUCUUUGGGCUUAAAAGCAAAACCCCAAUUCUUAGCUCUCAUGUUGGACACAUAGUACUUCCACUGUGAUGCCGCUUACACCAGAAAACAACAUUAGAUUCUGAGAUGAGACAACAUAAGCUAUCUACGAAGCAGCACAGGCAAUCUCUAUGCCAAAAUUUAUGGCAUUAUAGAUAGCCAUAUCGCUCAAGCAAACAGAGCGUUUUUAUCAUCCAAUAAUGCUUUAUCCGUUGUUUGAAUAAAUAUGAAUUCGCAAUCUGAUGCAUUUCACAAGCACAAGCGCUUAGGUAAGCCAUCUACAACCUGGAAGAUCUCGGGAGUUGCGGAGCUUUUUCGACUAAACCGCUUAUGGUGAGCUCGACCAUUGGAUGCCUUUUCUCACUGAAUGCUGUAUAUCACCCUAAGAUUGUGUUUGCCCGCUGACGGUCAGUCGUAAAGGGGUGGUGUUCUUGCAUUGAUGAGUCUUAUAUGAAGGCCCGCUGUUUUCGCAAAUUUGCUUAUCCUCCAUCAGUCCCCUUAUCAUAGCAUUCUUGCUACAAUUCGCUCAACCCUGUCUACUCAUCGUAAAAGUGAGCCUCGGAUAGGGAUUGUAUAGGAGUCAUUGAGCUCUUAUAUGAGUAUCUCCAGGUACUUAUCCGGCAUGAGAGAAAUGUCCAAGACGGUUUGUAUUGUUGGCGCUGGUCCUUCAGGACUUGUCGCAGCCAAAACGCUGUUACACAACACUGCCCCUGGCGAAUUCAAAGUCACCAUCUUCGAUGCCCAGAAGGAUGUUGGAGGUCUGUGGCCUACGUCAAAGACGGACAAUGGAAGACAGGUCCACCCAUUUAUGUGGGCGAACCAGAGCAGACAUACAAUGCAGUUUAGUGAACUUGCAUGGGAAGAUAGUGACCCUCAACUCCCACAGGGGUGGAUGGUCGGGAAGUAUCUUCACAGGUAUCUCGAGCGGUUCCUAAAGAGCAACAAGGACUUUGAACUUAAGCUUGGUACACGAGUUGCGAGUGCAAAGCGGCCUGAGGGAUCGUCUAAUGGUUGGAUUGUCAACACCAAGUCAGAUGCCGGAACCACAACAAAGAAUUUUGACUAUCUUAUUGUUGCUUCUGGCUUCUUUGGAAAGCCUAUUACACCCGAGAGUCUUGGAAAUCAGACAGCUAUCCCUGUUGUCCACAGCAGCCAUUACAGGGAUGUGAAGAGCCUUCUGGGCGAAGGUAGAUCUGGUGGUGGCAAGAUUCUUGUAGUUGGUGGACAAAUGUCCGGUGUCGAGAUUGCUGGAACCAUUGGCGUGCACCUUUCUUCCGAGGCCAACUCUCCUGAUCCAUCGACGAUUGCCGAUAUCGACAAGUACAGCAUUCAUCAUGUCAUCCAACGUCCGAUAUGGGUAUUUCCUUUUUAUACCAGUCCCAAGCCUGCAGAAGUCGCAGCGCCAUUUCUCCCUCUCGACUUUUCUUCGUAUAACCUCAACAACCGUCCUCGGCCCCUGACCAAUACACAAGGACACAUCCCUCAAGCAACAGCAAAGGUGGCCCAUAGCGUAUAUAAAGGCGUUCUUGGCUCUGAUCAAUCGGAAUACUCCCCACUACUCAAAAUCGACGGCAGCAAUGAUGAUAAACAGCCCUAUUUAGCUGUCAGCGAAUGGUACACAGAUUUUGUCCGAUCUGGAAUGAUUUCUUUGUCGAAAGGCAAAGUCGAAAGCCUCGAAGAAUCUACGGCAACACUAUCCAACGGCACAAAGAUUGAGGAUAUUGCAGCGGUGGUGGUUGCGACAGGUUUUGAUGCUUCACCUUGCAUAAACUAUCUCCCUGAAGACGUCUUGAAGGCACUUCAUUUUUCACCAAAACACAUUGAUCAGCCUGUCGCCUUGGCUUUCCAGGGAACUCACCACCCCGAAGUGCCAGAUCUAGGCUUUGUCGGAUUUUACAGAUCUCCAUACUGGGGGGUGAUGCAGAUGCAGGCUCGGUUUAUGGCUGCGCUGUGGUCAGACCACGUAUCCCCUGGUCGUGAAUCUGAGAUCUUCAAGAACAAGCUUCGCGAUGACAUCUCGGUACAGCGAACACUCGAAUUGCGAAAUGACCCCCGAGUAUCGCAGUUUCCAAUGGGUGACUACCCUUAUCUGAUGAAUGAGAUUGCGGAGGCACUUGAGUUAAGGAUUCGCGAGCCUCUUGAGCCUCCAGUUCCCAGCUUACCGCAUAACAAUCUGCCAUUGGACAUGCUCACACCAGCGAGGUACUCAAAUCCUAGUGACGAUCAGGAUUCAAAGGAUGCUGCGACGAAGUCAUUAGGACAGACACACAAAGAUGCAAUGGAUGGUCUGACGACGUCGAGAUUCGUGGCUCACGCUGUUUUUCGAAGCCUUCUCGGUACAUGGAAACUCGAGCGCGAUCUUGUGAGCAAAUUGCCCUCACAUCCAAGCGGACACUUUAGUGGGACUGCGCAGUUCCUCCUCCGUGAGAAGACAAACGAUGGUUUGCGAUGUACGGGCAACGCUAGCGAGGAUGCCCCGAGUGAUGAUGAGCUGGGCAUGGAGUAUCUCUAUAUCGAAGAGGGAGAGUUCAAGACAGAACAAGGAUUUGGCUUCAAGGCCACACGCCGUUACGUCUGGAGAUAUGAUGAGCUCAAGGAUGUGCUGAGCGUGUGGUUCGCUAAACCAGAGGAUCUUAAGCGUGCAGACUAUCUGUUCCACGAGAUUGAGUUCACAGAACCGACGAGUAAGGGAUGGAAAGCCAAGGCAGGACAUUUGUGCAUUGAUGAUUACUACGAUGUCAAGUACAACUUUGCUUUCCAGGCCGUGAACCUGAAGGAGUGGGGCAUCGAGUACACGGUCAAGGGGCCGAAGAAGGAUUAUACCAUCAGUGGCACUUAUAAGCGUUAGAGAAAAAACCAAAGAAGCCAAGAUAUUCAGCUCCCCAAUGGCAAGGCAUUGAUUGUUGUGAGAUCUCCGCGGAAAGGCAAGGCAAGGCAGGGAUACGGACCGGGCCGAUGUCUUGAUGGAUUGCUCCACACGCCGUGACGAGAUGCAUGAUAAGUUACAUAGCAUUUAACCUUAGAUAUGAUCUACUCGGGUAAUGUGAGAUGCAUGCGGGUAUCGUGGAGGAUCCGAUCGGCUGGGUCUUGUUGGCCUAAUAUGAUCAGAUCAUCUGUAACUCAACUGCAUGAUAUCUUUUAACCGCAGCCCUCGACUACAAAUUCGCAAUUCAUAUUUCACAGCCUGGGCAUGGUCUCGAAGAGAUUAAUCCAGGAAGAAAUCUCACCUUCAAGGCUAUGCAAGGCCCAAAAUGUCAAUGUCUCUUAGAAUGUUGCUUCUCAA